AUGCCGGCCCUGAAAGAAGGAAGCCGGCCGCCGUGGGUGGGUCUUGCCGCCGCUGUUUGGGUUCAGGUCGCCUCCGGCAACUCAUACCGAGCGUGGGUUGUUCUUUUGAUCGGUGUUCUUGCUUGUUUCUUUGGUUAUGGUGUGAUUUGGCUUGCUGUUACGGAAACUGUUCAUAACCUGCCUUACUGGUUUAAUGAUGAGGAUUAUGGGAGAUACACUGAAAAGGAGAUUGUUGUGGGUCGGUGGCCGCAUUUUGAUUUUAUGGGGAGUGAGUUCGUCACCAAGAUGGAUAAUAUGGAAAUGGAGAUAAAUGGGUGGGGUAGGUAG